AUGGUUGAAAAAGAAAUUAUCAACAUUUCGAUUAAAUUGUUUUGGGAUGACAAUUCAUCAGCAACAUUCAAUGGUCCUUUAGAAUUUACAACUACCUUAAACCAUGGUUGUACAACAAUCAAGAAUCUGGACGUACCAAGCACUGUUCUUUUAAAUGGAAAAAGUUACCAAAGGAUAGCGGAUGAACCUAUUCAUAGCGAUAUUCAUGAUUUGCUUAAUAAUGUUUCCUUGGAAGAGAAUUCUCGUCCAGAAGCUAUGGCACAAACGAAUUAUGUUGAACACACGGAGAAAAACCAGGUAUCAUCACAAGGGCAAUCUGCAGUGUCUCUAGACCGAUAUAAUGAACAAAUCGAUUCUCAAGAUAAUCAGCAUACAUACGUUGAAAUAGCAAAUGCAUCGAGUAAUCAAUAUCCCAUCGUUUUAAUUCCAAGUGACAAUAUUGAAGCAAAUACUGCCCAACAAAGCGAAGAUAAUCGAAAAUCUAUAAGCAAAUUUUUUAAAGCAACGAAAAGAAAUAAAGCUGUGAAUUUUCGAGAAAAUAUCCACAAGAAUCAAGAAGCUCAUCCACAAAUUGAUGACUCUGAGAAUAAGAUUAUUGAUGAUAAUAGUGAAUCAUCGAAAGUUAAUGAACAACCAUCUGAAAUUCAAGUAGAAGCCGACGAUCAACAGGAGCAGUCUGAUGAUUCACUUCUCCCAAAAAAGAACAGUAAACCUUUGCGUGUUAAUAAACCG